AAGCUCAUUGGUAGAGUGUGUGUUAGCAUGCAAAAGGCCCUGGGUUCAAGCCCCAGCACCAAAAAAAAGGCCUGUCACUCAACAGAAGCACAGAAGUGUUUGUAUUCAUCAGCUGAAUUCAAGCAAAAAUACUUUUUUAGAAAAUACUAAAAUACUAGGUGACUAAAGUAGGCAGGAAGAGAGGCUGUGAUAAAGAUAGCAAGGCACAGGAAAGCAGGCCUCACAGACCAUCUGUAGAUGAUGAACUGUACUCUAGAUAGUAUCUGAUGUAUUCAGUCCUGUGUUUUGUUUUGCACUAGCGGGGAUUGAACCCAGGGAUGCUCUAGCACUAAGUUACACACCCAGCCCUUUUUGAUUUUUUACUUUUGAGAUAGGGUUUUGCUAAGUUGCCAAGACUGGUCUCAAAUUUGAGAUCCUACUGCCUCAGCCUCCCAAGUGGCUGGGAUUUUAAGCGUACACCACCAAACCCAGCAGGGCUUUUGUUUUGUUUUGUUUUUUUCCCUGUGUGUGUGCAUAUGUGGUGCUGACCUUGCACAUAAGAGGCAAGCACUCUACCAACUGAGCUAUAUCCCCACGCCUAACCCAGCAAUCUUAUGGUUUAAUCACAUACUAUGAAAAUAGAGAAUGCUUUUUUGUCAGAAAAUUGAAGGAAAGGGCAAUGAUAUAAAAGUUCUCAGAUUCUAACUUCUAAACAAAUUCAUGAGGCUUUCAUGUCAUGUGGCCAUUCUUAGCUUCAAUUACUCCACUUCUGUAAAUACCCCGAAUUGGGGGCUGGGGAUGUGGCUCAAGCGGUAGCGCGCUCGCCUUUUGCGGCCCUGGUUUGAUCCUCAGCAUCACAUAAAAAAAAAAAAAAAAAAGAUGUGUCCGCCGAAAAACUAAAAAAUAAAUAUUAAAAUUCUCUCUCUUUUUAAAAAAAUAAAUAAAUCCCCAAAUUGGGGGGUGAGUAGAAGCUGCAAAGUUUAGAUCAUGUAACUGUCUUGACAUAGCCAUUUGAAGGAUAUAAGAGCUUAAAAGCGCACAGAAUAGGUCCUACUUUGAACAGCCCGACUUUUUUUAUCUUAUUUGUUAUGGGGCAAGGUUAUAAAUCUCAGCCAUCCUUUCUUUCCUCUGACAAGGUAAGACAUUGAAGCCCUUCAGAUGACCAAUUCUCUGGGGGAGCAAUUACUACUUCCUGAGCAGCUUGAUAAUGUUCUGCUCAUGUUUUUAGUUAGGCUGUGGCCAAGGCAAUGAUUUGAUAAUAAGAGAUCCUGAUUAAAUUAAGGAACCAUUUGCUCCUGAAUGAUGAUGUUUAUAAAAUGGUUGAUAUCCACAGUACCUGCUUUUUCAAAGGUCAAAAAAGUCUUUAACUAAAAUCUAGUAUAAGCAAAAUAAUCAGAAGCAGCAUAAAGUUUAUACUUUUCCUUGUUACCUCUGGGAAAAUGCUCUUUGCUUUCCCACCUGGCUCCUUUAGCCUCACAUUUGGAGGCUUGACAUUGGAAACAGAUGCCUGGGAAGAUGCCUGUGUAAGGAGUCUGUAAACUGCUAAACUCUUCGUAAAUUAGAAUCUAGUACUCUGGAGCCCUUGGUCAUCUAAGCUUGGUUUUCACACGCACCGCAUGCUCUCCCGUAUUUUAAGGCAAUGGCUUUCCAGAUUGAGUAGAUGGGACUUGUUUAUUAGAACUAUUGGCACCAUAGUCCACCUAAAGUGUUUAGACUAGCAAGACAAGAAGAGGCUUGAAAUACCCCCUAGUGUAUUGCUUAUUGAGCCCAUUUGAGCCAGGAAUUUUGCAAACUCCUGCGGAGCCCUGUGGGCCAUGGAGGUGAUACAGGAGAGGGCAGACAGAGUUGCCAGUGCCCCGCCUGGCCUGGGGAUUGCCUGCGCAGUUUCCUGAGAGCUCAGGGACCACACCGAGGUUGUAAUUGGUCGCUAGACCACACCUAGUUGUUGAGAGCGGUUGCUGCCUGAAGACCUCACAGCUCUGCUCAGAUCGCUGGAGUGUGCAGAAGCCAACCUUUAGCACCAGAACAGAGAGGAGCCACAAGCUGCGACAGUGGAAGAGUCGUGGAAACUUUGCCAAGGCAAUGCCGGCGUCGUCCACCAUCCACGUGCUGCAGGUGCUGCGGGAGCUGCUCGCCUUCGUUCUCCUCAGCUACACGGUACUCAUCGGGGCGCUGCUGCUGGCCGGUUGGACCACCUACUUCCUGGUGCUGAAGUGACAGCGCCGGCGCCCCGCCCCCACCGGGCACGAACCCGGCGCUGCUCCGCCCCCCUCGGCGGACGGCUGAGCCCAGCCGGACCGGCUAGCCAAAGAGCUCUGCGCCUGACGCGCGCGCCCAGGUUGCCCCUCGAGGGGCGGCCUCAACCCAAACCCCGACCCAUCGCUCGUGUCAUCACGCGCGACUCAGCUCAGCGCCUUCUGGCCCAAGGCGUUCCCCGCCCCGCGCGGAAUCUACAACGGUUGCGAGCCCGGCGCGGCCGUUACAGCCGUUGCCCCGGGCCCCGCCCCCUCGCUCCCCAUCUGUCCAAUCCUAACUGCUUCCUCGGGUGAGGG